UCUCUGGCAUUAGUCAUUUUUAUGGGGAAUUUUUUAUUUCUACAUUGGCAUCCUUCAACAACUGGCGGCAGAAUACCAUCAUGGCGGCGAGUAAUAAAAGUCGAAAAAUGUAGCUUUUUCAAGCAAAAAUCAGUUAUUUCUGCCAUUAUUUGUGCAAAAACUUAACAUGAGUUUCGAUGUUUUCGUUCCCGUGAUUAGUUUUGUGAGUUCGAGAGUGAUUUUUGAAAUUUCGAGAAAGUAUCCCUAGAAAUGAUUUUUUCGUAUACAAGUACCUAUACAAUUACAGUUUCCUGUUUUACCAUUACCAAAGAUGAGAUUCUUUUUGAAAAAUAAACACAAAGAUAUGGGAAUAUACAAAUUUUGAACGUUUGCAGUGAUUGCAAAACUUCCGCAGUGUUAUCAGUGCAAAAAAUAUGGGUCAAGGUCCCAUUUUGCAUAGUUAUGGCAACCAAAAACCAUUGACAAAUAUGAGAAAUGUCAAAAUUAACUGUACGUCUCGUGAACGUAAUAAAACUCUUCUCUUUCCACCACGAUAAUUUGCGAACUUUGGGCGACCGUGUGAUAAAAUUGCAAUUUUUGACUCUAUUCAAAGCCAUAACGAAUUUCGGUUUGCCCCCAAAUGGCGAAGACAAAGUGACGAAAUACUGGACUGGUAAAUCAGUCGACGAAAUCAUCGCCGAAGCCGAUCUCCUCUUCGACCAAGGCAAAUACUUGCAAGUUUACGAAUUACUAAACCGUUUGAAAUUCUGCAACAACAUCGAAGUUCAAUGGCGAAUCGGUCGAGCCCUCUUUAAACUAUCACACGAACAUGAAAUCACCGAAGAUAUCCGGCGCGAAAUGAUUGACGAAGCCUACGAGAUCAUCCAAAGCAGUCUUACAGUUGCGGAAAAUUCCCCGAUAAUCCACAAAUGGGCCGCAAUCAUUAUCGAUCGGAAAAACGGGAUGAAAGGACUCGAACAUCGAGUCAAAAAUUCGGAAGUUGUCAAACACCACCUCAUCAGAACGUGCGAACUGGACCCCGACGACGUCACCGCGCAGUAUCUUCUAGGUCGGUGGUGCUACGAAAUGAGCAACAUCACGUGGUUUCAACGCAUCAUUGCGAAACUGUUGUACGGGGAAGCCCCGAGAUCGAGCUUCGAAGAAGCCAACAAGUAUUUAUCACGUGCUGAAGACUUGCACCCCCGAUUUUACCUACAAAAUACGUAUUUAUUGGGCAAAACUUGCCUAAAAUUAGGGCAAUACUACCGGGCCAAACACUAUUUCGGAGUCGUGGGUAAUUUACCCGUCCAUAACGAGUACGAGAGGCAUUGUGCGAACGACGCGAAAAAAUUACUCAAACGUUUAGACAAGUACAGUUUGGAGAAAAACGCCCUUUUUUACGAAUACCCCUUCGGAACCAACGAGUAAAUUUUGUGUUCUUUUUGGACUCACCUAGCAUCAGAGGAACGGCCUGAAAAUCGGGAUCGUCCUCGUCGAAGAGGAUGUCUUCCUCAAACUCGGUGAAUCCCUCAAGUUUCGUGUUACUUUCAACUCGCAACAUCUGAAAUUUGAGGAAAUAAAGGUCAUCAUCUUGAA